AUGACUUAUAUUCAUUCUGAUUUCUAUUAUAAUUCAGGAACACUUCUCAAAGGUGUCAAUAUGCCUGAUCCAGAUCUCAUUAUUUCGAGAAAUUGCAUUGAAAUCUAUGGAAAUAAUGAAAAUGACUAUUGCUUUUUAUAUUCAAGAAAAACAUUAGUAUCAUUCAGUUUUGAAUCUAAUCCACAACUUACUACUAUUGGGAAAUAUGCUUUUUAUAAUUGUGCAAAGUUACAAAGAAUUGAUUUGUCAUCUUGUACAAAACUUACAAUUAUUCGUGAAAGAGCGUUUUCGUUUUGUACUUCUGCUAAAGAACUUUACCUUCCAGAAGGACUGAAAAACAUUGAAUCGUAUAGUUUUUCAGAAACAAAAAUAAGAUCAUUAAUAAUACCAAAUUCGGUCGUUGAAAUGAAAGAUCAUGCAUUCACAAAAGCUGAAUCACUAACAUCAAUUAAUUUCAAAGAUGGAUCGAAACUUCUCUCUCUUGAUUCUUGUGUAUUUUCAUAUACAAAAUUAGUCGAAUUUGAAGUUCCUGAGUCUGUACAAUCGAUUAGUGGGAUAUUUCUUUAUAAAGUAUUCUCAUUAACUAUAAUUCGUGUUCAUCCAAAAAAUAAAUAUUAUAUAAGUGAUGACUGUGCAGUUUACACAAAAAAUUAUUCAAAAAUUUUAUCUUUCGCUCCGAACUCCACACAAACAUAUGUUAUUAAUUCGAAUGUGACUGAUAUUAAUAACGGAGCAUUCAUAUGUGCAAAAUGCACUUCCAUUAUAAUACCUCCAACUGUUACAUAUAUUGGAGAACUUGCAUUUUAUGAGACAAGAUAUCUUAAACAAAUUGAAUUGCCUCCAAACAUAACUAUAAUAGAAAGUUAUACUUUCUAUUUCUCAGCAAUUACAUCAAUUGACAUACCAGAUAAUGUUACAAAAAUUAAUUCAUAUGCAUUUUUCGCCUGCUCAUCUUUGAAUAAAAUUAUUCUUCCAGGGAAUCUGACAUCAAUUGGCGGAGGAGCUUUUCCUUUAAAUUCAAUAAAUAUUAAUAUUACAUUCAAGGGUAAUUCAACAAUGAAGAUUGAUAAACAGAUGUUAUUGAUGUCUAAAGACAAUUCAACAAUCUCAUCAUUACUUGAUUUAUCAGCAACUUCAAUUAUUCUUCCAUGUCAAACAAAAAUCAUAAAAGAAUCUGCUUUUCAAUUAAGCAAUCUCCAGACGAUUUCAUGUGAUGGGGUAUCAGAAUUAGAAACUAUUGGAUUUAGUGCAUUUAAAGAUUGUAAAAGUUUGACAUCAAUUCCAUAUUUUCCAAAACUAAAGGUAAUUCAGAUGUCCGCAUUUGCAAAUACAAAACUUUCAUCAGAGUUUAGAUUUCCAUCAACUUUCUCUUCUCUCCAUCCAGAAGCAUUUAAGCAAGUAACAACUUUACCUAGCAUCUCUUUUUCAUCAACUACUGUUACUUUGACAAUUCAGGAUUCAGCAUUCGCUGGAUGCACUUCUUUGAGUUAUGUUUCAUUUGAUGAAUGCACAUGUGAUAUAUACCUCGGAAUAAAUGUAUUUUCUGGUUGUAGUUCUCUUUCUAUGUUCAAUGUAAAAAAGAACUUCAAAAACAUUGAUUCUGGAUGUUUUAUGAAUAGUGGUAUUAGUACUAUAACAUUUGAAGAUAAUACAACUUCAUUCUAUAAUCUUCCUUCUAUGUUUUUGAAAGGAUGUUCCAAUAUGAAAGAAAUUAAUAUUCCUAAAAACAUUAUCUCCAUUGGUAGUGAAUGCUUCAGCGGAACAUCAAUUUCUCAUGUUUUCAUUCCUUUUAGUGUUGAAUCAUUGUAUUCACGGUGCUUCAGCGGGUGCACUAAUCUUGAGAGAGUUGAUAUACCAUCCACAUGUAGCCUUUAUAAAAUCUUCCCAGAGAUAUUCGAAAGUUGCACAUCCCUUUCAUACAUCAGUAACUUUUCCAGCAAUCUUCUUGUUUGCCACAAAAGUACAAUAUAUGACAAAAACUUCAGCCAUGUAUAUCUACAUGCUCCUGCAUGCAAAGAUAACUACAUCAGCUUUGAUCAAAGACUUGAAGGCGUUGCUGACAGCGCUUUUAAAAACAGCGUUUUCAUUGAAUUUGUUGUCUUCGUCGACAACAGUGUUAUAAGUAUUGGUCGUCAUGCAUUUGAAUCUUGCAUACGCCUGAAACAAAUAAGUAUUCCCUCCAGUGUUUCAUCAAUUGGAGAAAAAGCAUUCUUCAAUUGUGUAAGCCUCAAAUGUGGUGUUCUUUUCCAGAACAAAACACAGAUAUUUGUUAAUCUUCUAAUUUCCAGAGGUAUUUCCAAGUCAGCAUUACGCCCAUGUGAGCUUAUUAGCUGCGGAAUACAACAAUUAUAUUAUAUUCCUGUUGUCGCUGCAUUAUUCACUCUUAUUCUUCCAAUGCAAAUCUAA